AUGCUGUCUCGCGGUCCCGGUUCGGCUCGAGGGGCGGUCACCAGGGCGAGACCGCGCAGGGGAGACUCGGAAGGCCACCUGCGGGACUCCACGCUUCCCCGCCCGUCCGAGAGGGUCGUGAUCAACGUGAGCGGCCUGCGGUUCGUCUCGACGCUGCAGACGUUGGAAAGGUAUCCUGACACGUUGCUGGGCGACCCUCGCAGACGACGGUGGUAUCACGACCCGAGUAGAAACGAAUUCUUCUUCGACAGACACCGCCCGAGUUUCGAAGCGAUCCUACAGUUUUACCAAACCGGUGGAGAACUCAAAUGUCCUCAAGAAGUGCCCUCGGACGUCUUCGUGGCCGAGAUGGAAUUCUACGACCUCGGAGAAGAAAUGAUCAAGGCGUUCCGUGAGGAGAUGGGUAUGGAACUGCCGAUGUCAGACGAUAUCCCUCCCCCUGAGGACGAGAUGCUGUUGAAAGUUUGGCGCCUUUUCAAGGACCCCAGCUCGUCCUACCUGGCUAAGCUUGUCACAGUGACUUCUGUUCUGAUGAUCAUCAUGAGCGUGUUAGUAACGUGUAUGGAGACAGUGCCAGACGUCCAGACCUGGGUCCACACCUACACGUACAGGAACGGCACAAACGGGACCCUGGUCCGCCUACCCGCCACCAGAAACCCGUUCUUCGUGGCAGAGACCAUCUACGUGGCUUGGUUCACACUGGAGUUAGUCUUGGGCUUUCUGGCAUGCUCUGAUCGAGUCAGGUACAGCAAAGACUACAUGAACAUCCUUGAUUUGGUGGGCAUAAUACUGUACUUUGUGGAUUUAGGUAUAGAGCUCAGCACUGUGAAUUCUGGCGGAAAUAUCGACCGAGUGGUCAGCGCCUUGUGGACAGCCCGUCUCAUCCGAAUACUGCGGGUGGUGAAACUGACUCGCUACUCUGUCGACAUGCAGCUGUUCUGGAAGGCCAUGACCAACAGCCUUCCUGCCAUGGUCCUGUUCACCUUCACCACCAUGGUACUCAUGGUGGUGUUCUCGGGCGUCGUGUUCUUCUGGGAGUCCGAGUAUCCGGACACCAAAUUCACCAGCAUCCCGGACACCUUCUGGUGGGCCAUCAUCACCAUGAUAAACAUCGGCUACGGUGACCACAUCCCGCGUACGCUCGUAGGAAAGGUGGUAGCGAGUAUCGCAACCAUUGCUGGGAUCGUCUCCCUGUGUUUAGGGAUACCCGAGUUCAUGGAGUGUUAUAUCCAACUGUAUGAGGCGGCAAGGUAUAGCGCUAAGAGACAGGCGAGGCGCAAGUAUGGUAUGAUGUCUAAGUUUGGGAUGUUGGGAGGGAAUAAGUCAGGCUUCUCAAGGAGGAGAAGGGAUGGGAAGUUCACUCUCAUCAUAUAAUCGACCGAUUCCGCCUGUCAAUCACAAUUAGGUGUUCGACCAAUGAUAGCGAGGCAAAUAGUGGUUCAACCAAUGAGGGUGUGUCUACGACAGGCAAGGCGUAGGAAUGACAUCAUGUCUGCAAAAUUUACUUGCUGUGGCCUUAUUUGAACAGACCACAAAGAAACCAAAGAAUUACCCGGGCACGCAGAUUACUGUCCUUUAAAAGUAUUUGAUAACUGAAUGUUAUGCAAUUAUUGACUUUAUCUAGUCCUGGUAUUUUAUGAAGAAUUUGAUAACUAAAAUUUUGUACAAACAUUGUCUUAUAUAUAGUUCUUUUUAUAAGACAAAGAAGUACAAAACAUCAGGCUUGUCUUGAUAAACUACCUUCAUCUUUCUAUAAGUUAUGUAAUGUAAAGGUAGUGACAUUCAAACAGCAAGAAACACCAAGUUCAAAGAAUUCUAUACAAUAAUCUAGACCUGUAUCUUAUAAUCAUU